UUAUUCAUUAAAAAAAAAAAAAAAAAAAAAAAAAACAAGAAAGCUGCUGCUUCCGUUUCAGCAUCAAUUAUAUUUGAAUUGUGUAUCACUAAUUUGUUUCUUUAAAUGGCUCAAUUGAUGUCUCCUGUUUGCACAGAUAGUCUUAAAAUUAAAAAUCAGUGGUUAAAAUCAGCUUCAAAUUCUUCUGCUUGUUCUAGUUCUGCUUCAAAACUAAUAAUGUUUCCAUCAAAAACCAAUUAUCCGAAAAGAAGAUCAUCAUCAUCAUCAGGCGUUAGUAGAGUGAAGGCUGCAACUAAUGAUUCAUCAGUAGUUGCUGAUGAUUAUUAUGCUGUUCUUGGUCUGUUACCAGAUGCUACACAAGAGCAGAUUAAGAAAGCAUAUUAUAAUUGCAUGAAAGAAUGUCAUCCAGAUUUGAGUGGGGAUGACCCAGAUACCACAAAUUUCUGUAUGUUCAUUAAUGAGGUCUACUCGGUGUUAAGUGAUCCUGUGCAGCGCAUUGUGUAUGAUGAAAUUCAUGGGUAUGCAUUGACAGCAAUUAAUCCUUUCUUGGAUGAUACUAGCCCGAAAGAUCAUGCAUUUGUCGACGAGUUUAGUUGCAUAGGCUGCAAAAAUUGUGUAAGUAUUGCGUCUGAUGUAUUUGGAAUUGAGGAAGACUUUGGAAGAGCCAGAGUACACUAUCAGUGUGGAAACGUAGAGUUAGUGCAACAAGCAAUUGAAAGUUGCCCAGUUGAUUGUAUUCAUUGGACAUCUGCAGCACAACUAACUCUGCUUGAGGAUGAAAUGCGACGAGUAGAAAGAAUAAAUGUUGCACUAAUGCUAUCAGGUAUGGGAUCAGGAGCAGUAGACGUUUUCAGAAUGGCAUGUUCUCGAUGGGAAAAACGACAAUCAAAAGUCUUGGAGAAAGCUAAAAUCAGGAUGAUGAACCAAAAGGAUUCUGAUAAAAGUGGAUCAUCAUACUGGAGUGAUCUUUGGGAAAAGUCGAAAGACUACACAAGAUCAGAUGAGGAAGUGAAAGAUAGAGCAAGUCGAGCUGCAGCAGCAGCCCGAAGAUGGAGAGAGUACUCACGAAAGGGUGCUGACAAGCGUCCGACCUUAAAACUUCCAGAGGCAAUGACCAACAACAAAAAUUGAUAUGUUGGUUAAUUCUCUGCAGGUUAUAGAAGAUGCAUGCUGUCCUAUUCAAUCAUGUAACCUUGUAAUUUAUGUUGAUAUGCUGUAUAUAUAAUUUGAACAUAAUACGAAUCGCUAAAUAUAUUCAAUAAAACGAAUAUUAUGAAUA